UUGUAUCCACUUGUCUCACUAUCUUUCCUCCUGUACUGCGCUCCUUCGAGCCAGGGGUGGCGUUUUAUAAAUCUACUAGCUCAGCGAACGGCACAAAGUAGAUGCUUAGCAAAUGUUGACUGAAUCACUGUCCGGGGCAGCUCAGUGACAUCACAUCCUGCGUGCAGGGCGUCCGUCUGCACUGCUCGGAGGGAGACCCGGAAGUCGGACGGCGUAUAAGACAUUUAUUUGUAAGAUGCAUCGAAUAGUUAAACGUAGACUGUUUCCGAACUUCCACAAGAAGCGCGGCCUCAGGGAGUGCCGGGUCUCAGCGUUCUAAUUCCGAGACGCCAGCUUGGGGCGGAAACACGCGGCCGGGAAGGCGCGGACGCUCGGCUCCUCUCCCGGAAUACAAGGUGCGGGGGCGGGAGCGGGCCGCUCACUUCUCGCGGUGUUUCCUCCCUUCUCCCUCCCGGCGGAGCUCUCGCGAGAGAAGCCAAGGGAAGAUGGCCGUACCCUGCUUUUCGGGGUGAGGCAGUGGCGGCCGCUCCGGCGGCGGCGGCGGGGGUAGGGAUCCUGCUGUCGUGGGCAUCUGAGCUCUAGCUCCCCCCAGCGAGCGCACGUCCUUUCGUGCCUAGACGAGAGCCCGCUCUUCUUCCUCCGGGAGAUGCGUUUGUUCCGGGCUCGGGGGGUCUCUGGGAGUUCAUGCUGCGAAGGAGUCUCCGGGCCACCGCUCUAAUCGCCUCGUGCCGCCGCAGCGCCCGUUCCGUCGCCGGCGGUUAGCCUCCGGGAUCCCCUUUCAGCCCCUGGCGGCGGCGAUGACCGGGGAGAAGAUCCGCUCACUGCGGAGGGACCACAAGCCCAGCAAAGAAGAAGGGGACCUGCUGGAGCCCGGGGAUGAGGAAGCGGCGGCUGCCCUCGGCGGCACCUUUACCGGAGGCAGGACUGGCACAGGCGGCAGCGGCAAGGUCGGCAAAGCCUGUCAUAAGAUCUUCAGUAACCAUCACCACCGGCUGCAGCUGAAGACAGCUCCGGCCUCCUCCAACCCCCCCGGCGCCCCGGCCCUGCCGCUGCACAAUUCCUCCGUAACCGCCACCUCCCCGUCCCAGACUCUUCUAGCGGGCACCAACCCCAUUGCUGUCGUCGCAGAUGGAGGCAGUUGCCCCGCACACUACCCGGUGCACGAGUGCGUCUUCAAGGGGGAUGUGAGGAGGCUGUCUUCUCUCAUCCGCACGCACAAUAUCGGGCAGAAAGAUAAUCACGGAAACACUCCUUUACAUCUUGCUGUGAUGUUAGGAAAUAAAGAAUGUGCCCAUUUACUUUUGGCCCACAACGCUCCAGUAAAGGUGAAAAAUGCUCAGGGAUGGAGCCCGCUGGCAGAAGCCAUCAGCUAUGGAGACAGACAGAUGAUUACAGCUCUUUUAAGGAAGCUUAAACAGCAAUCCAGGGAAAGUGUUGAAGAAAAACGACCUCGAUUAUUAAAAGCCCUGAAAGAGCUAGGUGACUUUUAUCUAGAACUUCACUGGGAUUUUCAAAGCUGGGUGCCUUUACUUUCCCGAAUUCUGCCUUCUGAUGCAUGUAAAAUAUACAAACAAGGUAUCAAUAUCAGGCUUGACACUACUCUCAUAGACUUUACUGACAUGAAGUGCCAACGAGGGGAUUUAAGCUUCAUUUUCAAUGGCGAAGCGGCACCCUCUGAAUCUUUUGUAGUAUUAGACAAUGAACAAAAAGUUUAUCAGCGAAUACACCAUGAGGAAUCAGAGAUGGAAACAGAAGAAGAGGUUGACAUUUUAAUGAGUAGUGAUAUUUACUCUGCAACUUUAUCAACCAAAUCAAUUUCUUUCACACGUGCCCAAACAGGAUGGCUUUUUCGGGAAGAUAAAACAGAAAGAGUAGGAAACUUUUUGGCAGACUUUUAUCUGGUGAAUGGACUUGUUUUAGAAUCAAGAAAAAGAAGAGAACAUCUCAGUGAAGAAGAUAUUCUUCGUAAUAAGGCCAUUAUGGAGAGCUUGAGUAAAGGUGGAAACAUAAUGGAACAGAAUUUUGAGCCAGUUCGAAGACAGUCCCUUACCCCUCCCCCUCAGAACACUAUUACAUGGGAAGAAUAUAUAUCUGCUGAAAAUGGAAAAGCUCCUCACCUGGGUAGAGAACUGAUGUGCAAAGAGAGUAAGAAAACAUUUAAAGCCACGAUAGCCAUGAGCCAGGACUUUCCCUUGAGAAUUGAGUUAUUAUUGAAUGUUUUGGAAGUAAUAGCUCCCUUUAAGCACUUUAACAAGCUUAGAGAAUUUGUUCAGAUGAAGCUUCCUCCAGGCUUUCCUGUAAAACUAGGUGAAAAAGACUAAUCGGCCUAAAAUAAAAGCUUUGUGUAAUACAAAAUAUAUAUACACCUGUACCUUCACAGCAUUCUUGGUCACUAAAGAAGACUGAAGAUGACUGGUUGGGAUGCUUUAAUGAAAAUGGGUGGUUUUGGGAGAGCAGGAGUGACUCAGCAAUUCUGAAAGGUUCUUUCUGGCUUCUGCCAUGCUACCCAGGUCAGAAGCAAGACCUGACCUGAGUUUCAGCCCAUCCUUGUGGGUUCCAGCUUGUGCUUGGUUCCCACUCCAGCGACCCAUCUUCCCUUCCUGACUGCCUGUGGGCUUCCAUCUCAGCACACGAAGACAAUAAAAAGCUUUGAGACAACUUAACCAGCUUCCACAAUCAAAGUCCAAUUCCUAUAACAAAUUUUUUUUCUAGUGGUACUGCUCCUUUGAUUGCUGACUGGUGAGGAAAAUAUUCUUAAUCUACAUGCUUAUCUUCUAAAACUUGAUAUUUAAGGAAGCAAAUUUUAAGUGUUAGCUUGUUCAUAGUGAAAAACGGCAGUUUUUAAUAUUUAGUAUAGCAAUAAAAUUACAUCUUGUGGUCACUGAACAGUAAUAUUUAACAUUUGGAGCUUUCCAUCCUUUGUGACCCUAGACCUUCAAUUUCUUAUGCACAAAUCAUACUUUAGCUAACUAGCUCUUAAGAAAAAGACAUGAUACUAAGUUUAGUGACAGCGCACUGGGAAAAUAACCUUUAGAGAGAGACUGUUUUGAAAAGAAUGUGAACAUGUCACUUCCCCAAUUAUUUUUGUAAUUACAUCAUUUACAAAAUGUUAUUUCAGAUCCUUUCUGGGAACUGUCUUAAAUUGCUAGUAACAUCUACUAUACACUUUAUGUAUAUGAACCAUAUUCCCGCCGGUAAACAAUUAGAAUGGUUCACAUGUUGUUUUGCCAAAGAAUUUCUAAAUGGAUUUAAUGUACUCUGACAUAAAAAAUAAUAACAAAAGUAAAACAGACUCAAAAAUCUACACCUGCAGAAUUGGUCUCAUUUAAGAAAGAACUUCUGCUAACAAAGCCUUGGGGAUGGACAUAUUCUGGACGCUUAGAAAUACCAGUAGCCAUUUCCACUAUAUUCAUGUUUAACCAAACUAUAUGUACUUGAUUAGAGAAAUACUUUCGAUAGCACUAGGAUGAGAUAGAUGCAUUCGCUCUUUUCAAGACAAAAGACAUCUAAAUUCAUUUAAAAAGAUGUCUGUCAAUCUUCAAACAGCAGGGAGGGACCUUAAGCAUUGAGGCAAGAAUUAUUUGCUGGUUUAGUAAAGCUGGCUUGUGUAGGAGCCAAAGCUUUACUCAGUUGUAUGAUGCAAUUCCAAAGUUAAAUUAGUUUUUACUGUUCGAAUAGCAGUUUUCCUACUCCUAAGUACCUAACAUUCAUCUACCAUCCACAUGCAUAUACUGUAAUCACUACCAGGCAACUUACUAUUCAAAACUCAUCUUCACAAAAGUGAACAGGGCAACAUAGCCUUCUGAAAGUCUUACCUGCAAUCAAUUAUCUUAGUGCUUUUGCUAAAAUAUUACCCCCCAAACUAAAUCAUUGUAUAGUUUUGAAAAGCUCCAUGACUGACCAUUUACUGACCCAGGCAACAUAGGCCUGUUUUUUUUUUUUCUUUUUCUAACUACCAACUACACUGCCAGAUAGGUAUCACUCCUGUUUUAGGAACGACGUUAAACAGGUCUGUCUCUCCAGCUGUAAGUGAAGCCAAAACUGAUGACUGGACUUACAUAGCCACUACCUCUCUUUCACUCCUAAAGAACUUAAGCAAAUAAAUAGGACAGACAUUUUUCUAACAAAACCAUUUUAUUUUUUAAUCAUGUACUACUAAAUACAGAAUAAAACUCGGUGUGGAGGCAGUGUUCACUUGAUGUCAACUACGGUCGUCUCUGAUCAAGGCUCGUGUCCCCAUGCAUCCCUUUUGUGUUCACUGGAAAAAACCCAACAUGGCUUCCCUUCACUGUAGCAUCUUAAAUCAGUGACACUAUUUUAAAGCCCAAACUUUCUUAAUCCUUUUUGGAAGGUUAGUCUAUUUGUAUUCAGAGAUUACAAGUGAGGAAAGAGACUGAGUAAUAUUAGGUUUAACCAGGUGAAACUGCCAGUAUUUUACUUGUUUUGAGUUAUAAAAAUGGCAGAUGUUUCAACCUUUAUCUGCUAAAAAAGUUUUUAUAAGUUUAAACAAAUGUCAUUUGCAUUCAUCUGUUUAAAAAUGCAAUGAUUAUCAGGACAAUUACUAGAACUCCUUUAGCUAUAGACAAAAUUCCUUUUGAUAAAAUCUUUAAAAAGUUACUUAACUACAAACUGUAAAAACAAUGCUGCUUGUCUAUAUGGCAUUUCGAUUUUGUUAAAAAAAAUCAGAAACUUGGAUGAAAGCUGUUAUUUCCAACUCUCAUUUUCUCCUUAAUCCCAGCCACUCCAACUACACAUUUCAUAAAUGAAUAUACUAUUUAGCAUUGUACAGUAACUACAUACCAUUGACAGUUGCUCUACUAUUCCAGCAAAGGCAAAUAUAUUUUACCAAAAAAAAUAAAUUUACUAGAUACAGGUAGGAUCAUGUGUUUAUCCUCAAUUUCACUGCUUUACUCAACCCAAUUCCUAUACCCCAAAUAUGAGAAAUAAAAUUACACUAAGAAAAAGACAGUUUUAGAUAGAAAUUAAACCAACUUUGACAAUUCUCAUGGCAAGUAAUUGCUGCAGCGAUUUUAUGUAAAUAUGUGGAUUGAAAGGGGAAAGAACUUGAUUUGUAAAAUGAAUGAGGUAAAUGUCAUACAUUCAACAGCUUAUAAAUAAAUACAAAUCAGUUUUACAGGGACAUGAACAUAAGUUUAAGGGUUUUAUUAUCAAAGUCUUGUAAAACAAUUUCAGAAACUGUACAUCAACAUGGCACAGACUAGCCUACUUUUGUUUUUACUGCACAAAAGUGAAGCUUGAAACUCCUGUAACUAAGAAAACAGUUGUCUAACUACUUUGCAUUUAACAUGGAAUCACUGUGUGCGUAAGAUUACUACUGCAGAAACAGUAACACAAAUUUAUUGGUUUUAUACAACUUGAGAUCAAAUAAAAAGUACAUUAUCAAGUACAUUUAUCUUAUUUUAAAAGCAUAUGAAGGUCAAUUUAAAAUGCACUACCCCUUUUCCAACACUGAGAUUAAAACAAAUUAAUAAAAGUGGAAAAUUGAAAAUCAGGACAAGAGAGAACUUUUACAGAUGGACUCAGGAUAGGCAGAUAGCUUUCACUGAUGUAGGUGUGGAAUAAAUUAUGUCAGGAAAAAAAAUUCCCAAACACCUUAUGAAAAAAGUAUAUAACUCUACUUCAAAAUAUGCUAUUUACUCACUGCCAAAGACAGUUUCCAAUUGAAAUCUUGUUUCUGUAAUUAAAAGCCUAAUUAGCCAUCAAAAAAAGGUUAGUGCAUAUACAACCUUUCAAAGUUAAACAAAAGCCACAAAAAUUUAGCCACAAGGCUUAAAGGAUUAUCUAUUUCAAAUGCUUAUUUCCAGAUGUAACUAUAAGAAUGUUAAUUUGUCAUGUCAACAAACAAGACCAUAAGUAGAUCCAUCAUGUUGGAGGAUUUUAAUGACAUUUAGGAUAUUCCUG